GCUGCUGCUAGGUUUGCGAUUGCCGCUCGCUCCAGCUGAGCUAAGAGUAGCAGCAGCACCAGGGCAAGGACUGACUCUAGCCCUUGGACUUAGGACAUCGCAGCACAUUCCCUUGCGUGCGUGACUCAUUCGCACAUCAUUUCUGUUUAUGCCUGGGGUGGGGAGAAAAAUCCCAAACCAGCUGUGUAAAUGAGUAUGGAAGAUUAUGAUUUCCUGUUCAAAAUUGUUUUAAUUGGCAACGCUGGUGUGGGGAAGACGUGCCUGGUCCGACGAUUCACUCAGGGUCUUUUCCCCCCAGGUCAAGGAGCCACAAUUGGAGUUGAUUUUAUGAUUAAGACAGUGGAGAUUAAUGGUGAAAAAGUAAAGCUACAGAUCUGGGACACAGCAGGUCAAGAGAGAUUUCGGUCCAUUACCCAGAGUUAUUACCGAAGCGCCAAUGCCUUGAUCCUCACCUAUGACAUUACCUGUGAGGAAUCCUUCCGUUGCCUUCCCGAGUGGCUGCGGGAGAUAGAGCAAUAUGCCAGCAACAAAGUCAUCACUGUGUUAGCAACAAGAUUGAUCUGGCUGAAAGGAGAGAGGUCUCCCAGCAGAGAGCUGAAGAAUUCUCAGAAGCUCAGGACAUGUAUUAUUUGGAGACCUCAGCCAAGGAAUCUGAUAAUGUGGAGAAACUCUUCCUUGAUUUAGCAUGUCGACUCAUCAGUGAAGCCAGACAGAACACACUUGUGAACAAUGUAUCCUCACCCUUACCCGGAGAAGGGAAAAGCAUCAGCUAUUUGACUUGUUGUAAUUUCAACUAAAGGCUGAGGCAAGGAGAAGCAAAAGGAAUCAGCAGCUGCCCUGAUGGGCCACAAGUUACUGGGGAGAUCUGGAGAUGACUGUGGCUCCUGCUCUCGGAUCUUAUGACUCCUGUGGGCUCCUGAGCUUACAAAGCAUGGCAGGCCAAGGGCCUUGACCACAGGCCAGCAUUAGCAGAACAUAUAAUGGUUUCACCCUUUUGCAGUCUGGAGUUGGAGCAAGGAGAAAAUUGCACUAGGCACUCCAUGAUCUGCAGAGCAUGUUGCUUUUGUUUUUUUAAAAAGCAAGUAAAAGUGCAUUCCUGAACACAGCCCAGGGGGAAAUGUACUGUAGGGAUCCCUCCUGCACGUCAGUGGGUGCAUGUGGGAGCUGUUCUUUAGGGCUUCGGUAGUAAUCUUCUAGGGGCCCUGGUUUUCUUGUCUACCAGAUAAACCAAAACUGGGAAGGCCAAGUACUGUCUCUGUGGUGCAUAUCGAUGACCCCGUGGGGAUUUUGAAAAGUGUUAUUUCUCUUGUCCACAGGCACUUUCAAGAACUUUGGGAUGUAAAAAUGAAAUGAAACCUUUACCCAUGACCAACAGUAACAAUCAUUGUUUUAAAAAUAUAUUCAAGCUCCAUGACUCCUUUUGGUGCUAAUGAUUCUGCUGUUUCACAGACCAAACGUUUUAGUACAUUGAUGUCUUUAAAUGUAUUAUGUAGAAAUAAAAAAUCGGGGAAGUCCAUGAAUCAGCACUCUUUCUCAAAGUCUCAUUACUACCUUUUUAAAGGUGGAUUUGUUGGAAAAGAGAGUACUUUUCCUUUCAUGUUCCCUACUGAAUCUCUGCCAUUUUCUUCUACUCUCUUAUCUUCCUGCCCUUUAAGUAAAUGAAAAAAUUUGAAAAAUGGAAAAAAAAUACAGAUGUUGAUGAUAUUCUAAUAUAAAAGAUUAGCUCUAAAACGUCAUGAGUAGUAUGAGAAAACUGACCAGAUAUGACCAAAAUACUGUGGAUUAAUGGACUGCAGUGCAGGGUUCCAAGCAGAGCACAGUCCUAGAUAGCAGGUGACAUCUUUUACUUCCUGGUACUGUCCAUCUUGGACAGACCAAGGCUUAGGAUUUUGUAGAUUUUUUUAGUAUAAUCAGUGAGAAUAGCAACAGAUGAUAAGUUUCAUGAACCAUUUUUGUAUCUUCUAUGAUAACCUUAGAAAAAUUCUGUUUGUGGAAGCAGGUUGAACUGUCAUUUAUCCCCUCUUGUAAUAAUGUUACUCUGAGACUCAUGACCAUACACUCUUUCCUGUUUCUUUUUCUUUUCCUUUCUUUCCUGGUCUCUCUCUUCUUUCCUCCCUCCCUCCCCCACUUCUUCCCUCCCAUCCUUGUAUGCAUGUGUUACUGCAAAUCUCCAAUUCAAAUGGAGGUGUAUAUGCCUUUACUUAGCCAAUUUUAAAACAAGACUCGAAAUGGAAGAUGUGCUGCUGAAUGUGUUUCUGUUUCUUCAGUGCCAUACUUUGAUAGCUUCCAAUUUGUUCUCUGAUAUAAAUGCAAAUUGGGAAAAUAAUUAAACCUGUUAUAUUGUUGAUGUUGUCAGAGGUUUCUGUAGCUUGCUGCUUAGCAUAACUGAGGGAUGAGUAAUGGAAUAAGAUAUGGUAUAUAAUUCCACUGUUGCUGUAGAUGGUGACAAUCUCAGUCCUGAUAUGUUGAUGUUUAAAAGCUAUUUAACUGUAAAGAAAUGAGUGAUGUAGGGACAUGAUAUUGAUAAAGCAUCUAGCAUUUCUCUAACAGGUUCCAGAGUGACCAAUCUCUUGCUCAUGGGAUUAUAUAUAUUGUGUAAGGGACUGAUACUUUUGAUUGCCCUCACUGUGUUUUUCCUGAUCCUAUGGGAAAAAGAAAGGGAUUCCAGAAGUUUGACUUGUUUUGCUUUUAGAAUCUUCCUCUACAGGAAAGAAAAAUCAUUUUAAUAAAAAUCAAAAUAAUUUAUAAUAAUUGUUCCUUUCCCUCCCCAUCUUCUCCACUAAGCCAGCAACUAAAGGUAUUUAGAAAACAAGUUAAUCAAAGUGGGCAGAAGAAAUUCACUUUUUAAACUGUGAGGAAAUGUCCCUAACUUUAGAUUUAUUACCUUUCAUUUAGGGCAAAAGUGCAAUGUCCCCAGCACAUAGUGACCCAACUUUGUCUCACAGCAGCAAGUGUAUUGAAAAUAAAGUUACUUUGUGAACUUAGAGGAAUAUGUUUUGUUAGAUUGGACUGAUAUAGUUGCAAAAUAACAGGUUUUAGGGCCAUACUUGUGUUAUGAAAUUCUCAUUCCCUAGGGUUCAGCCUCCUCUUUAUACGCUUGGCCAGACUCAGAAGGGGAUUAGAAAGCUCUUCUCUUGGCCCUUGUCUUCCCCUUACUCCUCCCAGCCUUUCUGUAGCUUACAGUCACCCAUCCAUGGCCCAUCAGCAGGGACACAUGAGAAUGUGGGACUUUGUUUCUUUUUUUCUUAGUUGUGUGAAUUCCAGAUUAGGCCUUAUGGACACUUGUCCACUGAUAUAUCUCAAGUUUGAGAACAAUCCCUGACAAUAUUGUAGGUGCAAUAAAUAUUAGUUGAAUAAACAAUUUAGUGCCAAGAGGGACUUUUUUGGUUAAACAGAAAUUCCUUCAAGUAGAACUUGAGAAAGGACACUAAUUAAAUGAAAUCAUCUUCACCCAGGCCAGGACCUAAACUUAUUGGUUUGCCUAAUAGUUCUUCUUGUCAUGGCAAUAUUUCCUAAGAUGAGCCUUCUUUAGAUAAAAAUGAAUUCUCAUUUAAUGGUAGUUGAAAAAGAGUUGCUUUAUCAUAAUUUAACUUGGCUUGGUCUGACUAAUAAGACUACCAGAGUCCAGGUCUCCAUUUUUGGUGUGAUCUUUUUCUUCUUUUAAUAAAGUUAUUAACUAUAUGGCAAAA